CCCAUACUGUCCCUACCCCCUGCACUCACCAAAAGAAAAAAGAAAAGGGAGAUUUAAGGCAGGAGAUUGGUUUCUCCUUUUUAUAAUUGUUUUCUCUAAGAAAUUAUGUAGAAUUUAAAUCUGGAAGAAGGGGAAGAGGAGCCGCUCUAUUCACAGGAUGUGAGAAUUUAGAACUUUAUGCCUCUUGGAACUUAUUCGUUAACAGGAGUUGUCGCUAGACCCGUAGCUGAAAGCGGGUGAUCUGAAAACUUUAAUUUGACUCCUCCUGCCCCACAGGAGUGUUGACUGGGGGCUGGGAGCACUUAGUGCCAAAAGGAACACAGCUGUAGAGUUGAGGGCAUAGUCUAGUUGGGGAAAGAUCAAUACAUGAUCUAUUUUAUAAACAUUUACCACAAAUAAUUAAAACGAAACACGUAAGAUAAAAUAUCACGGUGACGUUGAUUCCUGACUUCUCUAGGAUGUCCCAUUUUUACGUAGUAUGUUUAGAUCCGUGUGUUGAUAGACCAUAUCUGACACGACACGGCCUCAUUUUUGUUUUGGAAGAUAAGGUCUCUCUUGGCCUAAUCAGAGUGUUUCAGGGGCAAGAAGAAAGUAACUGACUGUUCCAGACAUGGUUUUUGGCUCAGGGAUGACAGUUCAAACCCCUGCCCGUGAGGGCGCUUGGGGGAAAGGACGAUGGUGCUCCCAGGCCAUGGUAGCAGGGCGGUGCUGUGGUUUGGGUCUGCUCUGGAAGCCAAAGGAAAGCAAAGCAGAGGCGCUUAGCGGAAUGGUGCUUCGAGCCGCAGAAACGGAGUAUGGGAGCAACAGCCCUGGGUAGAAGGGCCCGUUCAGGUGGCAGAGACGCAGUCCUGCGUGAGUCUGACUCCUGCCCACUCGCCGGCCACCCUCCUCUCGCUCUGGAUGAUGUCAGAACAGGAUCUGGCGGACGUGGUGCAGAUUGCCGUGGAAGACCUGAGUCCUGGUCACCCAGUGGUCCUAGAGAACCAUGUGGUGACCGACGACGACGAGCCGGCCCUGAAGCGCCAGCGCCUGGAGAUCAACUGCCAGGACCCCUCCAUCAAGUCAUUCCUGUACUCCAUUAACCAGACAAUCUGCUUACGGUUGGAUAGCAUCGAGGCCAAGCUGCAAGCUCUGGAGGCCACUUGUAAGUCGUUAGAGGAGAAGCUGGACCUGGUCACGAACAAGCAGCACAGCCCCAUCCAAGUCCCCAUGGUGGCCGGCUCCCCCCUCGGCGCGACCCAGACGUGCAACAAAGUGCGAUGCGCCGUCCCCCAGACUACAGUAAUACUCAACAGUGAUCGGCAGAGCGCCAUUGUAGCCAAGAUGGAAGAACCCUUGGGCAACAGGGCACCGGACCCCCUGGAAAGUACCGUUAGCAACGCGGUGCCCGGGAGACGGCAGAACACCAUUGUGGUGAAGGUGCCGGGUCAGGAUGACAGCCACAACGAGGACGGGGAGAGCGGGUCCGAGGCCAGCGACUCCGUCUCCAACUGUGGACAGUCGGGAAGUCAGAACAUUGGGAACAACGUCACCCUCAUCACCCUGAACUCGGAAGAGGACUACCCCAACGGCACCUGGCUGGGCGACGAGAACAACCCGGAGAUGCGGGUGCGCUGUGCCAUCAUCCCGUCCGACAUGCUCCACAUCAGCACCAACUGCCGCACCGCUGAGAAGAUGGCGCUGACGCUGCUGGACUACCUCUUCCACCGGGAGGUGCAGGCCGUGUCCAACCUCUCGGGCCAGGGCAAGCAUGGCAAGAAGCAGCUCGACCCCCUCACCAUCUACGGGAUCCGGUGUCACCUUUUCUAUAAAUUUGGGAUCACGGAGUCUGACUGGUAUCGAAUCAAACAGAGCAUCGACUCCAAAUGUCGGACAGCCUGGCGGCGAAAACAGCGAGGCCAGAGCCUGGCCGUCAAGAGCUUCUCGAGGAGAACGCCGUCCUCGUCUUCGUACGGCGCUUCAGAGACCGUGAUGAGCACGCCGCCCCCCGCCAGCGAGAUGCCGCAGCCUCCGCCACAGGCCCUGCACUACGCCCUGGCCAACGCCCAGCAGGUCCAGAUCCACCAGAUCGGAGAGGACGGACAGGUCCAAGUAAUCCCACAGGGCCACCUCCAUAUCGCACAGGUGCCACAGGGCGAGCAGGUGCAGAUCACGCAAGACAGCGAGGGCAAUCUCCAGAUCCACCACGUGGGACAGGACGGGCAGGUGCUGCAGGGGGCCCAGCUGAUAGCUGUGGCCUCUUCCGACCCUGCUGCCGCGGGGGUGGACGGCUCACCUCUCCAGGGCAGCGACAUCCAGGUCCAGUACGUCCAGCUGGCUCCGGUGACUGACCACACCGCUGCAGCUCAGAAUGACGCCUGGGAAGACUGCUUUCUGGAGCACAACCUGGGGCGUGUGGCUGCAGCCCACCCGGGAAGCUCUUUCCCACCCCCGGCCCGGCCUCGCCGCCCGCGAGGCUGCCGUUGGACCCGGAGGGCUCGCUGGCUGAGACCCAGGCUGUCCCUCACAGGAGAGGAGGAGGAUGUCUUCGGGGAGCUGCCUGCGUGGCUGGCGUGCUCCGGGCUCACGGUAGGUGGCUGACCCGUCCCCCCAGCG